AUGACAAAUUUCAAGAUCCAGAUUAUCUCCGACAGCGUCUGUCCGUGGUGCUACGUCGGCUACCGGCGCCUCUCGCGCGCAAUCAGCAUCCACAAAACCAGCAACCCAUCCGACACCUUCACACUAAACUGGCGCGCGUUCUACCUCAACCCGCACUCACCCCCAUACCCGGGCCGCAACAAGCAAGAGAUGUACGCGGAGAAGUUCGGCGAAGAGCGGUGCAAGGCCAUGUUCUCGCGCCUAGCAGCGGCGGGCGAGAGCGACGGGAUCAAGUUCAAGUUUGGCGGGAAUACGGGAUCGACCCGGGAUUCGCAUCGGGUUAUCUGGUAUGCUGGUGAAGAGGAGGCGAAAGCCACGGCUGCGGCUGCAGAGAACGACAGUGCUACCACUACUACUGCUGCUGCUGCUGCUGCUAGUACGGCCGUGGGAGGGCUGCAAACGCGGGUAGUGGAGAAUUUGUUCCGGGCUUACUUUGAGGAGGAGAAGAAUAUUACUGAUGCGGAGGUUUUGGUUGAGGCGGCGGUUCGGGCGGGGUUGGAUGGAGGGGAGGUGAGUAAGUUGCUUGAGACGGGGGUUGGGGCAGAGCAGGUUGAUGCGGAGGCGUUUGCGGCGUCGAGGAGGUUGGUUUCGGGGGUUCCGCAUUUUACGGUGCAAGGGAAGUAUUUGGUUGAAGGGGCUGAUGAGCCGGAGACGUUUUUGGAGGUGUUUGAACGGGUGAAGCUUGAUGAGUAG